ACUAUUCCUUUGAUUUAAAGACUUUUUACAACAAUGAUUUUCGCCUGUCCUGUCUAAAUUUCUGAGAUAUAUAUUUAUAUAUGUUAGCAUUAAAGUAUGUAAUCCGUUAAUGUAUACAUUAACUGAAACGGCCAGUUAAAGUGUAGAAUUUUUGUGGGUUGCACACUCUAGCUAGUUAUUCUAUAGAAUAACGGGCGGCUCACAGGUAAAGUUUGAAAGUCACAAUUGAAUCAAGUCAAAUGAUCAAAACAAAAACAAACGGCUAUUCAUGAUGCACGAACUGAAUGUCCGUUAUAAAAACAUUACUCAAGCCCAAGUUAAAAUUUUUUAGACUUUAGUGAAACUUGUCAGGUUAAGAAGAACGUCAUGAAAAGGGGCAUUGUUGUAAAACCUAUAAUUUUUCCCCACGUAAAUAGUCGCUGUCAAUUAGAUUUGAUUGAUUUGCAGUCGCAUCCCGAUGGUGAAUUCAAAUUUAUUUUAAAUUAUCAAGACUAUCUUUCUAAAUUCGUCAGUUUGCGAGCUUUAAAGACAAAAACAGCAGAUGAGGUUGCGUACAACUUGCUAGACAUUUUCACGAUUUUUGGAGUCCCAGCAGUAUUACAGUCGGACAACGACCGGGAAAUUUGCAAUUCAGUGAUAGAGUGUCCGAGGGAAAUGUGGGCUGAAUUAAAAAUUGUGCACGGUAAACCGAGACAUAGUCAGGGUCAAGGGAGUGUAGAGAGGGCAAAUCAAGAUGUCAAGAAUAUGGUCUUUGCAUGGUGUAAAGACAACGGAACAACGAAAUGGAGUCAAGGUCUGAGAUUUGUCCAAUUUGAAAAAACAGGGCCUUCCAUUCGGGUAUCAAAAGGAGCCCUUGUUUGGAUGUCCUCUGAAAGUGAGGCUCAAAGAUUCCUCCCUUUUUAUUCUUUAACUGACACGUCCCAGUUAAUCUAUGAAUUGACUAGUUAUUCUAUAAAAUAACUAGUUAAAGUGUGUAAUAAAAAUCUAAUUACACACUUUAACUGGUUGCUUCAGUUAAUGUAUACUUUAACUAGUUAAUGUAUACAUUAACUGAAUUACAUACUUUAACGCUAACAUAUAUAUAUAUAUAUAUAUUACACACCAAUUAUAUUUAUUAUUAUUUUUAUUUUAUUCUUUUAUUUUUUUUUUUUAAUCACACCAUUGCAACAAGGCUUUACUUUAGCUGAUAGUUAUUCGAUUUCUGGUUACAAUUAAAAAUAAUUUAAAACUUUGCAAAUUUUUCAAGGAAUUUAAGUGGUCAAAAAUAAUGCAAACAGUCACGGGGUUAUCAAUCCUGCGGACCCCAGCUGGUAGCCCCUGCCUUAAAAGGGGUAGU